GUCGGCCUUGCCACGCUCAGAAGCCAAGACACUUACAUCAGUAGUACCGAAUUUCAAUCAAUUAGCCCCUGUUAACCCGUUCGCCAUCGUUCUGCGAGGACCCGUUUAUUAAGCUGCCAAUCCCGCAUUUCAUACCUUGUAAUUCAAACCGACACUGGAUUCGGUUGUUCGGCAACCCCUGUAAAUGCGAUACUUAAAAAGAUUCAAGCUGUCUUUUACUUCCCAGCUUCCAUCGCGGCCAAGUGAAGCUUCGUUUCUCCUAACGUGUAACUUGAGGUUUAGAUCAACCAGAUCAACUCCAACUUCCGUUCCAGGCUGACGGUCGGCUAAAGUAACAGCCAAUCCGACGUCUCAUACGGCAUCCCGCCCUCCGGGUUACGUAUACAACCACUUUCCUCAUAUGGAACUUCUCCAUUCCCGUUCUAUUCUGGAAUGCACCCAUCGCCGUUAAUUUCGGACGUCCUUCACUUCUGAAAAGAGAGGAAAAGAAAAAUCUUCAACCGCCUUUACUUCUCUAUUCAUGACCGAGUCUCCUUAUAACCCCCUCAUGCUAGAACUUACUAAUUGUAAGUGGCGGAAAUUUGGGUAGCUCCCAUCACAUGCCUUUCGAAGCUUGGCAUGGCAUCUUUGAGUGGUCGUCCAAGACGAUUCUCAUCCGGUGAUUCACCCUUCUCAGAAAUCCGGAUUGAAAAUGGCCGAUUUGGCAAUUUCGACGGUAUAGAUGAUCGUGGUUCUCGAAAUAUCGCCGUAGACGAUGGUAAUGUCAAGGACGCUGAAGCAGACGGAGGGUUAUUAGAGAAGGUCACCGGGAAUCAAACUAUUCGGAACUCCUCCAAAGGUAGCUUUGGUUGGGCCGGAUUUUGGAUCAUAGUCAACACCCUGGCUACAAUAGGCAUUGUCUUCACAAACAAAGCCAUUUUCUCCGAUCCCUCACUAAAGCUUGCGCAGUUAACGUUUGCCGCCUUCCACUUUUUCAUGACAUGGCUCUUUCUAUUCACAUUGUCGCGGCCUCGGUUUGCCUUCUUUAGCCCUCGCCGUAUUCCUCUUCGAGAUAUUGUCCCCCUUUCCGUUGCUAUGUCACUUAAUGUAAUUCUCCCAAACCUGUCUUUGGCCUUCUCGACUGUCACCUUCUAUCAGGUUGCACGUAUUUUGCUUACCCCCACUGUUGCGAUCAUGGAUUUUGUCCUAUACCAGUCUAUAUUACCUCAAGACGCCAUCAUAGCACUGGUUCCCGCUUGUUUGGGGGUUGGCAUGGUUUCCUACUAUGACUCGCUCCCAACAGAGGAUGCCAGCGUCAAGACUACAUCAGGAUUAGGGGUGAUAUUUGCCUUCAGUGGCAUAUUCGCUUCCUCGCUAUACACAGUAUGGAUCAGAAGUUACCAGCGAAAGCUACAGGUGUCGAGCAUGCAGCUACUAUUUAACCAAGCUCCUGUCUCGGCAUUUCUUCUGCUCUACGCUAUCCCUUUUGUCGACACGUUUCCUACGUGGACCAAAGUCCCUGUUAGCCGAUGGUUCAUGAUCUUGAUGUCUGGUAUAUUUGCAUCUUUGAUCAACCUGUCACAAUUCUUCAUUGUUGGCCACACAGGACCAGUUUCUAGUACAGUUGUCGGACAUUUGAAGACUUGUCUUAUCGUGGCACUUGGCUGGGCUACUUCUGGUAGAUCGGUAGGCGACAAGUCUGUCGUUGGUGUGUUUAUUGCGAUAGGGGGAAUCAUUACGUAUUCGAUAGUCAUGCUUCGGCAUGCAACUCGGAGCCAUGGGAGGAAAUUGUGACAUUCAAGGAAGUCAUUGCAUUUUCAGGAGUUGGAAAAUUUUAUCUGGCACAUCUGGGCAAAGGGAAAUGAUGGUCACUUCAGAUCGGAGGCAGUUCGGGAGCUUCAUUGUUUUAGGCGUUAUGACGGUGCUAUGAACAGUUGUGGUCUGCGUACCAUUGUUGAAUAGCAAGCAUCAGGAUGUCUGAAUAUGCCUAAAGUUUCGAGGCGGACUAUAGCAACUAAAGCUUGGGGUGUUUACUAUAUGAUGUCCAUCAUUCCCAUGGAAUUAUAACUACAUUCACAUCCACUUAGACUAUAUUGAUCGAAUGGCCUCUUACAGGUCGGCAGGACCUGGUCACGCCCUAGGUAUUGUAGUUGAACAAAAUGAGGAUUGGAAGCGGCUUGCUAUACGGCAAUUCCUAAACAUGGAGAUCGAUGGCAUUAGUGUUCCGUUAUUUCACUGUUUCCCGAUGCC